GGUCCGUUGGGCUACCGUACUGUUUAGAGGAACCUGAUUAGGUUGCUUUCGUUUGUACUGACUGUAUUUUUAGCUUCCGUUCAAGAGCCGGGGCUCAGCAGGUAGUCGCGCACAGAAAGCGUCCUGUAUUUUUCCCGUGCCUUGCUAAAGUAGGAAUUAACAACCAAACGCCGUUUAACAACAGCAGAGACGGCGCUGCGCUUUAUUACCAGCGCGCCUGUUACGCUCAGCUAAUUAGCUAGCAUUAGUUUCCUCGCUCGUCGGCUCACAGGAUGUCGUACAGGAAAACUUUGAAACUUAUUUGUGGCUUCGCCGGAGGCUCCGCCGUUUUGGUAUUCGCGGCUGCAGCCGCCGACUCCCGCGGAUACUUCGGUGAACAGGGCGGAGACGGGGCCAGUCGGUGGUCGAGAUUCACCGCCCUUCAAGCUGCGCAGCCGGCGUGGACUCCUGCCAGCCACACGCCAGCCCCGACUGGACACGCCUGGGACUUCAACUGGGACAAGAGAGACCCAUCUGCUCUGUCCAACGGGAAGAAGAAGGAGACUGCGACCGAAGACCCCAGCUCGGAGCAGAACAGCAGCAAACCGAAAGCGACGCGCAACAUCCUCCUCAUCAGACACUCCCAGUACAACCUGAGCGGGAACACCGACAGGGAGAAGAUCCUCACUCCUUUAGGCCGUGAACAGGCAGAGUUCACCGGCCAGAGGUUGGCCGCGCUUGGAUUGAAGUAUGAUGUGUUAAUCCACUCCAGCAUGACCAGGGCCACAGAGACAGCGCAUAUAAUCAGUAAAUACCUCCCAGGAGUGGAGUUAAUGAGUUGUGACUUGUUGCGAGAGGGUGCGCCUAUUGAACCAGUUCCACCCGUCACUCACUGGAAGCCUGACGCUGUGCAGUACCACGAAGAUGGAGCUCGCAUUGAGGCAGCCUUCCGCCGCUACAUCCACCGGGCUGACCCCAAACAGAAGGAGGACAGCUAUGAGAUCAUCGUGUGUCAUGCCAAUGUCAUCCGUUAUUUUGUCUGCAGGGCCCUCCAGUUUCCUCCAGAGGGCUGGUUACGUAUGGGCUUGAACAAUGGCAGCAUCACGUGGCUUACCAUCCGCCCCAGCGGUAGGGUGGCCCUCAGGACUCUCGGAGAUGCGGGAUUCAUGCCGCCAGACAAACUAACACGGACCUGAUGGCCCGACCCAUGGCACGUUUCUAGGAUGCAAAGCCCCACUUCUCUCCUUAAGUGUCUUCAAAUAAAUUAUGGUGUUAUUUUAUAAUUGAACUCUCGUGUUAUCAGAGACUUUGUGGUGUGAUUACUUCAGUGCCAUAGGAUGCCAGCAGAAGUGAUGAACAGCUGCAUACCAACUCCUCCUGAAUGUAAUGAAGUAUUUUUACAGAAGUGACUGACUUUUCAAACCAAAAAAAAAAUAAUUUGUAAAGCUCUUGUACAAGCAAAUCAUGCCAUUAGCUUUACAUAGCUUAACAUGUAUUUUGUGUUGUGGUAUUGUUGUAGUAAAUAAAAACAUGACUGCA